ACCACUAACCAACAAUCGCCCUCUGCCUUUUACUGAUCCCAAACAAUUCUCUCUUCAAAUCACUGUUCCUUUCCUUCUCUCUCUCUUUCAAAGAAAAAGACAUUGAGUUUUAUUGUUGAAAGGAUGAUGUUGCAUUUGCACAUUUUGUUGGUUUCAAGUUGUUUGUGGUGGUGUUGCAGUUUUGUUAAUGUUGAAGCAGCUACUCCAACCGUCAAAGUUGGGAACAUUUCACAAGUAGUUGAUGCUGCUUAUUUUAGGAUUUAUUAUGGACAGACAUUCAAAGUCAUCAAGAAUAGUUUUGAUGGCAAGAGCUAUCUUCUCAUCCAGAAUAACACAAAGAUGGCAAGUAAAACAAAAUACUGCACAUCAAGGAUAAAAUCAUUUGUGGUUCCAUUAGCCAACUACUCCAUCGACGCUGAUUAUUUUCCAGUUUCAUUUUUUGAGCUUCUAGGAUUACUAGGGAGUUUGAAGGGCAUCACAUCAUCAGACUAUGUGGUCUCUGAAUGUGUGCUCAAAGUGUAUGAAGAGGGACAAGUCCAACUCAUCAACAAAAGCCAAAGCCAGCAGUUUGCAGCUCAUUUCAUUAUCAACACAGAUCAGCCCCAAAUCCAAUCCUGCAACUUGGCCACUUUUCUCUCCACUGCUGAGGACUCCCCUCUUCAGAGAGCUGAGUGGAUCAAGUAUCUUGCUGUCUUCGCCAAUCUUGAAUUCAGAGCCAAUCAAGUCUAUGAUAUUAUCAAGAAGAACUACAUGUGCCUGAGUAGAGUUGCAACUAGCAAGAAAGCAGACUUCAAACCAAUAGUGGCUUGGAUGCAAUACGACGAUGGCGUUUGGUCUUUUACGGAAGAGGCCUUGAAGCUCAAGUAUGUGGAGGAUGCAGGUGGGGAAAAUAUAGAUGAGUCUAUCAACAAAGCCACCUACAACGUCUCCAUACCAGAUGAAGUAGAGGCGUUCCACGCCAUCCUCUGCACCGUUGAUGUGGUGAUCGAUGAGACCUUCGCCUCGGAUCCAGCGUCCUACACAGCCUCCACAUUUCUUGACAGUCUCAACAUCCAGGAUCAGUCUUGCUUCGCCUUCAUGUCCGCUCAAAGCCUCUGGAGAUACGACAAACGCCUUCGUAACUCCACCCUUGAUUGGUACGACGGAGCUAUUUCACAACCCCAGCUAGUUCUUGCUGAUCUAAUUCAAGCAAUAUCUCCAUCGACAAACUACACCACCACUUAUUUUAGAAAUCUAGCCAAGGGAGAAGAAGUGAUAAGCAUUGGCCCUGAAAUGUGUGACAGGGACACCUCACUUCCCAUGGAACCUUCAACUCUCCCUUGCCAAUGAAACUACUUCAUUCUCUCUAUUAUGCCUACAACUUUGUUUUACUUUUACAUACUUCGUUUUAGAUUAACUUACCACUUCACAUAUAUAAUAUUUGAAAUGAUGAAAAAUCAUUAGUGAUCUUACAAUCAAUUUGGGUUGUGAAUUUGGCUAAUAUCAUAUGAUCAAUACUUUCUUAUUCGCA